AUGCCGAGUUUACAAGUUGGAUUAGAGUAUAUUAGGGGCGCUGGCAUCGGUAAAGCCUCAGGGGCACGGGGGCAAGUCUCGAGUCUCAGGGAUCACGGGGGGCAAGUCUCGAGUCUCAGGGAGCACGCGGGCAGUCUCGAGUUCAGGGAGCACGCGGGGCAAGUUCGAGUCUCAGGGGCACGGGGGGCAAGUCUCGAGUCUCAGGGGGCACGGGGGGCAAGUCUCGAGUCUCAGGGGGCACGGGGGGCAAGUCUCGAGUCUCAGGGGGCACGGGGGGCAAGUCUCGAGUCUCAGGGAUCGGGGGGGCAAGUCUCGAGUCUCAGGGGCACGGGGGGGCAAGUCUCGGUCUCAGGGGCACGGGGGGCAAGUCUCGAGUCUCAGGGGGCACGGGGGGCAAAGUCUCAGGGGGCAUCAGUCUCGAGGGGGCACGGGCAAAGUCUCAGGGGGGGGGGGCAAGUCUCAGGGGCAGUCUCGAGUCUCAGGGGGGCAAGUCUCGAUCGGGGGCAACGUCUCAAGUCGGGGGCACGGGUGUCUCGAGUCUCAGGGGCACGGGGGCAAGUCUCAAGUCCAGGGGCACGGGGGGGAAAGUCUCGAGUCUCAGGCACGGGGGGCAAGUCUCGAGUCUCAGGGGGCACGGGGGGCAAGUCUCGAGUCUCAGGGGGGCACGGGGGGCAAGUCUCGAGUCUCAGGGACACGGGGGCAAGUCUCAAGUCUCAGGGGCAGGGGGGCAGUCGUCUCAGGGGGCACGGGGGCAAGUCUCAAGUCUCAGGGUCACGGGGGGCAAGUCUCGAGUCUCAGGGGCACGGGGGGCAAGUCUCGAGUCUCAGGGGGCACGGGGGGCAAGUCUCGAGUCUCAAGGGGCACCGGGGGGGGCAAGUCUCGAGUCUCAGUCCCGGUCUCCAGGGGGUCAAGUCUCAAGUCCAGGAUCACGGGGGCACACGGGGGGCAAACGUCAAGUCUCAAGUCUCAGGGGCACGGGGGGCAAGUCUCAAGUCUCAGGGGCACGGGGGGCAAGUCUCGAGUCUCAGGGGCACGGGGGACAAGUCUCGAGUCUCAGGGGCGGGGGGCAAUCUCGAGUCUCAGGGGGCACGGGGCGGCAAGUCUCGAGUCUCAGGGAUCACGGGGGGGGCAAGUCUCAAGUCUCAGGGAUCACGGGGGGCAAGUCUCGAGUCUCAGGGGGGGGGCACGGGGGGCAAGUCUCGAGUCUCAGGGGGCACGGGGGGCAAGUCUCAAGUCUCAUGGGGCACGGGGGGCAAGUCUCGAGUCUCAGGGGGCACGGGGGCAAGUCUCGAGUCUCAGGGGCACGGGGGCAAGUCUCGAGUCUCAGGGGAUCACGGGGGGCAAGUAAGUCUCAGUUCAGGGAUCACGGGGGGCAAGUCUCGAGUCUCAGGGGGCACGGGGGCAAGUCUCGAGUCUCAGGGGGCACGGGGGGCAAGUCUCAAGUCUCAUGGGGCAGGGGGGCAAGUCUCGAGUCUCAGGGGGCACGGGGCAAGUCUCGAGUCUCAGGGGCACGGGGGGCAAAGUCUCAAGUCUCAUGGGCACGGGGGGCAGUCUCGAGUCUCAGGGGGCACGGGGGGCAAGUCUCGAGUCUCAGGGGCCACGGGGGGCAAGUCUCAAGUCUCAGGGGGCAUCGAGGGGGGCACGGGGGCCAAGUCUCGAGUCUCAGGGGGCACGGGGGCAAGCUCGAGUCUCAGGGGGCACGGGGGCAAGUCUCAAGUCUCAUGGGGCACGGGGGGCAAGUCUCGCUCAGUCUGA